CAGCUCGGAGUGUGCCUGCCGCUGCCUUGCCGCCGCCGCCACCGCUGCCACCAUGCCCAACUUCGCCGGCACCUGGAAGAUGCGCAGCAGCGAGAAUUUUGACGAGCUACUCAAGGCGCUGGGUGUGAACGCCAUGCUGAGAAAAGUGGCUGUGGCUGCUGCAUCCAAGCCGCACGUGGAGAUCCGCCAGGAUGGAGAUCAGUUCUACAUCAAGACAUCCACCACAGUGCGCACCACUGAGAUCAACUUUAAGGUCGGAGAAGGCUUUGAGGAGGAGACAGUGGACGGACGCAAGUGCAAGAGUUUAGCCACUUGGGAGAAUGAGAACAAGAUCCACUGCACACAAACUCUCCUUGAGGGGGACGGCCCCAAAACCUACUGGACCCGCGAGCUGGCCAACGACGAGCUCAUCCUGACGUUUGGCGCCGACGACGUGGUCUGCACGAGAAUUUAUGUUCGGGAGUGAAGAUGGCCAGCUCGCUCCUGCUUUGGGGGUGGGAUGCAUGUUCCCCGAGGAAUCUCAUAGGUCUGAGCUGCCAGCGGACUUCCCCUUCCCGUGUAUCAACAUUAGGUGAUCCUGCUUUCCCCACGACAAUGUUGUAGUAUUUCCCCCGAGGCCUUCGUGCCUCUGUGUCCCUGGUGCUCUGUAGUUUGGUAUCUGCACGGUUUCAUUGAUCAUUAAACUGGUUGGACACGU